GAGAAGGAACUCGCGAGGGAAUGCGAUUCUUACCUUGAAUUCCUCCAGCAGGUCGGAGCUGAGCAGUUGGAUGCUGAGGUCGUCAUCUUUUGAUUGCUGGGGGAGGAUGGAGUUAAAAAUGAGUUUUUCAGGCAGGCAGUCAAUUCUUUCAAUUUGCCCUAACAAAUGAUCCUUCCCCUGUCUUCAUUUAGGGUCUCCCUGCAGCAAAGGCAGAGGGCACCCAGCGCAGGAGCGUGCAGAGCACCGUGACACCAGGCACAGGAGUCACCAAUUCUCUGGUCCUCAUCCUUGCAGCACAAGGACUGUCAGCUGGCGGAGCGUGAUGUUGGACAUUUCACAUGUGGGAACCUGGUGGGACUCACAGCGUGACUCACAUCGACCUCAACAGCUGUUGACAGGAAUUUUAUGAUGCUCACAGCACUGUCCUUAGAGAAACCAAUGGGACCGUGGCACUGGAGUCUCAGCAGUGGGGACUGUGUGCUCCAAGUGAGGUUUACUCAGGGAGGGAACAGGUAAUCCAGCCUCCUUCUCCUGACAGAUAUCUGCUUAUGGAGACCCAAAGAAACUCAUGGAAUCAUGGAGUGGUUUGAGUUGGAAUGGACUGCAAAGGUCCUUUGUUUCCAACCCCCUGCCAUGGGGGCUGAAAUUGAGUUCUGAAAGCAGUGGAGUUCAACCACUGAAAAGCAAUUCCUGAAAUCCUGCUGCUCCCCAUGGGAACUGGGGUGUCAACUCCACUCCUGCUCAGCACUGCUCUCCUUGAGCCUCUUCACCAAUUUCCCUGGGAUUUAUCUUUCUGUGGAAGUCUGAGGAAGAUUUACUUCAUUAACAGCAUCAGGCAUUUGUGUCUGUGUUUUGUUUUUGCUCUCCCCGUCGCUUUUGAGGACUGUAACUGAGAAGUGGAAGAUGAAGUUGAAUGGUGGAAAACCCCUCACUGAAAAUGGUGUUUAAAAAUAAGAAGAUUAAAAAAAAAAAAGAAGAAGAAGAAACAAUGAUCUGAAGCAAACUUCCUCUGCUGUCGGGAAAGGAGGGAUGGGCCCUUCAUCCCCGCGCCUCGGGAGUGUCCGGCAGCGUCUGCGGAAAAGAUAAAGUCAAAUGAAGACUCAAAAUCCUCGCAGUGCCCCUGGUUUAUAUUGAUGGCUGAAAGGGGCUGUGCAGUGAGGAAGUGCUUGGCAUUUUCCAGAGCCUUCAGUGCUCCCCGAGGUCAGGGGACAGAGGGCCGCGCUGGUGCUCCCCAUCAGGCAGAGCUAUCCAGGAUAACUGGGUGACAGCUUUGGACUGUGAAUAAUGAUCACCUAAAUCACCUGUGACCCUGGAAACAGCUUCUCCUGCCAGCAGGGUGGGACUGUGUCCUCCAAAAUCCCUGACCUUGUGUUUCUUUGCGUCUCCGACACCGGGGACACGGGAUGGAGAAGUGUCCAGCCAUUGAGGAGACUGGGACCAGGAUUCCCUGAACCUGGGGGAAAGAUUUCUUGGAUUUGGGACCAGGAUUCCCUGAAAGUGGCAGGGGAAGGCCGCUUGUGCCAGGACAUUGAUGGAGGAAAGCCCUGGACUUGGUUUCACCACUUCUACCAGGUCCAUUACCAGAGGCCCUGGGGUGCUGGGACCGCCGGCACCCUGUGGGGUGAUGCCUCUGAGCUCCCCCCAUCCCAACACCUCUGUGGUGAGCUGGGAACAGCCCCUCUCCACGGGGAUUGUCAGCAUUGCUCCACGCUGGGGACUUUUGGGGAUGUGACCCCCAGGAUUGUCCCUCCUUUGGUCACAUCCCUCUUCCCAAAAGAAAACCCACGCAGUGAUGCCAAGAGUUCCCGCCUCCGUAGGUGAGGGAAACACCUGUGGGAGAGGGAGCUGGUCCCUUGCACGAGCUCAUUAAUUCAGCAAAUUACAAAGGGAAAUACAUGCCAGGAAAAGCAAGAAAAAUCCCAAAAGUUAAUCCAAGAGUUAUUUCCUCCUGGUACCGGGAUAAAAACGGGUCCUUUGGAGCCCUCCAGGUCAGACAGCGGUGAGAGAGGCGAACCCACACCGAAGAACAAGGUAAGAUCCUGAAUUUAUCCCUUUGCUCUUUGUCCUUCUGGGUAUUUCCUUGCAUUCCUAUAAUGUAAUAUUCCUAUAAUUUCUCUGAAGUAUUUUUUUUCAUUAAUAACCUUAAUUUUCAAUGCUAACAAAACUUGUGUUUGACUUCUGCUAUUCCAGAGGGAAAACACUUUAUUUUGGGAUCAGACUUUGGGGUCUGCUCCUUUCAGCACCUCCUGCUGCUUCUGUGUCAGUAGACUUCUAAAAAUUGAAUUUCACUGUAUUUAUUUUUCUGAAAACGUUUUUUCAGAAGACCUCUGUUUAUUUAGAUGCAUUUUCAACUGAUGUUUUAUUUAAUUUUCCUCUGCUUUUUGAGCUCUUCUGUUCAAUAUUUGACUUCAUUUGAUUUUUUUUCUCUUGCUCAGGGGGAGCAAAAAAGAAAUGGGUAAGAGACCCUAAUGAGCAUGGGGUUUUUAAUACAGAUGUACAAGUUUUACAUAAAAUGUGUCUAUUUUCAUAUGGAUCACAGUUGUGUUAUUUGGGAAAAUAAUGAGGAAUAUUCUCUUCCUUGGGCCGGUCUCCCAGGCAGCUGACAUGAGAGGAUCCCCCUUGUUCCUCUGCCUCUUCUCCAUGUCCUGCUGGGUGAAUCUGAUGCCGACAGCUGGGGACAAAAUCUUCCACUUCGGAGCCUGCAGGGUUUCCAUGAGCAUGACAGAGAUCAGGGCUGGCUUCACAGCAAUUAAAGCCAAUAUUCAAUCCAGAGACCCCAUCCGGACCCUGAGCAUCCUGUCCCACCCACAGUCCCUACACAAGGUUAAGUCUUCAGACAGAUGCUGCAUCACUCAUCACCUCUUCACCUUCUACGUGGACAAAGUUUUCAAGCACUGCAGGACCGAGGACUUGUUUGUGAACAGGAAAAUCAGCAGCAUCGCCAACUCCUUCCUCAGCGCGAGGAGGAAGCUCGAGCAGUGUCAUGAGCAGAAUAAUUGCGUGUGUGGGGAGGAAUCCACAGAGAAAUUCAAGCAAAUACUUGCAAACUACGAAGGGCUGAAUGUCACAUCUGCAGCCAUGAAGUCCCUGGGGGAGCUGGACAUCCUCCUGGACUGGAUGGAGAAAUCUCGUUAGUGGGCGGCGUUAACGACCCACAGCCGGGGCUGAGGAGCUGCAGGGGCUUUGCACACAGCAGAGAUGAGAGGGACAGUAAAUCACUGGAUCAGCACAGCCCCUCAGCAAUUCCAGCUGCAUCCAGGCUAACAUGGAGAGCUUUGCCAGCCAGGGACAGUGGCAGAGUCUUCAUUAAGACGGAAAUAACGAGUUUGAUUAAAUCAGCAUCGCCCUCGCUGACUGCUACCAAAGGAUGCUCCAAGGGAAAACCUAGCAGGGUUUCUCUUGCUGGCAGACAUAAGCUGUGAUCAUGCCCUAAAAUUAUUGUUUAAAUUAUAGAUUUUUUUUGUCUAGGGAAUGUGGGGAAUGAGCGCUGAGUGCUGGCUGGGAGGACUCUGGUGCAGCUGAUGUUGCAUAAACCUCAGUCUCAGGGCUGCUGCCACUGAUGGAUCUGGCUGAAAUGAGGAGCACAGUGUGAGAAAUGGUUCCAAGAAUAGGUCCCAGCAGGUAUGUCAGGCCUCAGAAAUCCGUGUUUCCUUUUGAGGUGAUAUUUUCUGCCUUAUCAGUAAAGAAACUUCUGUGCAAGAUACGGAGUUGCUGAAUAGAAAAAGGUUCUUGAGUGUAUUGUGCAAUUUACUGACAGCCAGUAGUGAGUCUUGUGGAAAUCGGUUGCCAUGACUGUAAAUAAACCCCACUUGAAACUGUG